AUGCGAGCGAAAUAUGGUAUUCAGGAUUGCGAUUUCUACAACUUCGAUGAAACAGGCUUCAUGAUGGGGAUUAUAGUUGCCUGUAUGGUUGUAACUAGUGCUGAACGAAAUGGCAGAAGCAAGGCAAUACAACCAGGCAAUCGAGAAUGGGCUACAGCAAUUAUAUGUGGUAAUGGAGAGGGUGAAACUAUACCUCCAUUUCUGAUAGUUCAAGGACAAGUCCACCUUUCGAAUUGGUAUACCGAAACCGAUCUUCCUACAGAUUGGGCUAUUAAACCUACUUCCAAUGGAUGGAUGAAUAAUGAGACAGGGUUAGAAUGA